AUGGAAUCGACUAUAAAAUCGGAUACGUUUGAAAAGGUGAAUGGACAUCGGCAACAUUCAGUUGAGGAUGUUCAUAUAAUAAUAUUAUCUUCCGUAUUACCGGUUUAUGUUUUUAUAAUAGUAGUUAUUGUUAUUAGGAGGGUAUUAAUACGAAGAAGGGUUCGUACUAUUGGGAGAAAUAGUCCUGUUUUCAUUAUUUCCCAACCUGCAUAUGAGCUUAGAUAUCAUCAACAAAAAUCUAUUCCGGAUAUCGAUCGGGUAACGAAAAUCGUACAAAAAUCUCCGUCAAAAAGGCAAAAAUCAAAAGAUGAAAUACUCAAUGGAAGAAGUAAAAAUGGAAACAAACAAAAUAUUUCCCCGAUUACAGUUUUUCCUCGAGAACCGGUAUAUAGAAAUCAACAAACUCCUUCUUAUAUAGUGCCAUUUACAGAACUUCCGCCACAUUUCGAUUUUUCAUUGGCAAACAUAGAAGUCUACAGCGAUUUUGUCGUUAUCAAAGACUUGAAUAUAUUACAGAGGUAUUGGUGUAAUUCUCACGCUUGCAGAAAUCCAUACAUUACCGCUUAAUAUAAUUUUUUUACGCUAUGAUAAAUAAUAUUAUUUACUUGAAAUGAAGUAAAUAACAUAUUGUUGAACGAAGAGGUUAUACAACGUAAGAAUAAUCUCAUUAGGUAUUGAAAAUCGAAAUUGGAUUCAUACUUCUAUCUUUUUAAAAUUCCUUAAAAUUCCUUAAAAUAUUAAUUUAAAAUUACUGUGAUACGUUAUUACUUAUACAAACUCUCUAAUAUAUUUUAUCAUGUAGUUUGUAAUAUUUGAUACAAUUUUUUUAUUAAAUGAUAUUUAUAACAAAAA